AUGGAGGUCAUUAACGGUAAAGCAAUUGAUCACCAAAAUUCCAAUAGGGAUUCCGGUUCACGAAAUGUUACAACUGCAUCAUUAUCGCAAUUACGUCCGAGGAGCCAAUCGGCUCCACAAGAACGAAUAAUUCCCACCUUACAAUCGAUUGCGAAUGAUACGAUCUCAACGUCGCAACAUACCAACACGACCGCAUUUAUCGCAAACCACCCGUCUCAACAAAAUGAUCCGCAGCAAAGGAGAUACAAUAUAAAAUGUGAUUGUGAUCUUGAACCAAUUCUUCGGGAGGUUAAAAUAAACACCCCAAAUAAAGGACGAUUCUUUUGGUCAUGUAGCAAAUUUGGUGGACCAGAUCAUAUGAGAAGAU